ACAAGGUGUCAGAGAGACUAGUAGCCUAAUAUUGAAUAGGCUAACAGUAACCUACUCCGUGCAGGAAACAAAGUAUUCUGUGUAUUCGAUGACCCAGUGCUGAAUCGAAGCUGCUGAAUUAUUAUGAUGCUCUGUUACAUUGUGACAUGUUUCUUUCAUUGAAAGAUCGGUGCUUUUCUGAGACAACGAGACUCCAACUCAAGGUGGGGCUAUUGAAACAAUUUACCGCCAUACCAUUCCACGACACUGGAUUUUGAGACACUAUCUGAAGAACCGUAAAUCUCAACACAGCAAAACCAUGAGUGUGACCAGUGAGAUGUUUGAAGAAGAUUCUCAAGACAUGAGGGAGCAGAGCGGUGGAGAGUCCAGUGCUACACCUGGUGGGACCCUGUCCUUCACAGACGAGGCCGUGUCCAUCCUGACCUCCAGCAGCCUGCUGGCCCGCUCUCUGCUCGGACGCACCUCUGCUCUGAAGCGCCCCAAUGACCCGCCCGCCUCUGGGAACCCCCUCAGACGGAAGCGUGAGUUCAUACCCAGUGAGAAGAAGGAUGACGGCUAUUGGGACAAGCGCAAGAAGAACAACGAGGCGGCCAAGCGCUCCAGGGAGAAGCGCCGCGUCAACGACAUGGUGGUGGAGAAUCGCGUGCUGGCGCUGCUGGAGGAGAAUGCACGUCUCAGGGCCGAGCUCUUGGCUCUCAAGUUCCGCUUCGGCCUGGUCAAAGAUCCCUCCAACACACCCAUCCUGCCCCUCCCUGCAGCCCCCUGUGCUCCACAGACCUUGGCUCCACACUACUAUCUGAACAGUGGACCAGGGAGCCACCCUGUUGCCCCCGGGGGCCAGUUCAGCAUGCAAGGCUCCAGGGACGCUGGCAGCAUGUCAGAGGACUCUGGGUUCUCCACCCCUGGCAGCUCCAGUUUAGGGAGCCCCCUCUCCUUUGAGGACCGACUGAGUGAUCAUGGCAAACUGUCCCCACACAGAGCAGAGGAGCUGGGCUACGAGCUCCACCACUCCCCUGCAGAGGCGCAGGUGCACCACAGUGGACACUUCCCUGGGGAGCUCUCCAGGGUGAUGAUGGGGAAAGUGGAGUCUGGGGAGGGCAUAAAGAACUUUCCUCACAAAAUGCGCUUCAAGAUCCUCAGCAGUGGAGAGGACAACAGGCACAGCCCCAUACAGUCAAUGGGAGCAAGAGACGGUCCCCGGGAGGCAGUCAACGGACACAUCAUGUUGGGUGGAGCUGAGGGGGCAGGAGUCUGGCCACAUAAGCAGGAGGGAGAGGAGACCCGGAGGGGGCGACAACAGCAAGAGUCCACUCAGUAUGGCCAACCUACACCCCUACAGGGCCAGACAGAGUCUCAUUAUUAUACAGAGAACAAUGUCCUCAAGUCCCACCUCAGCUCCCUCAGUGAAGAGGUGGCCCAGCUCAAGAAACUGUUCUCAGAGCAGCUGCUGGCUAAAGUGAACUGAGCCCAGGACUGGGUCAGUGGAUGCUCGGUGAACUGUCCCAUCUCAGAAUAGGAAGCUCAAUCUGAGCUAGCAUACUAACUUAACAUAAGCACA